GGAGGCCAUCAGCACCGCCCCCACGCCCAACGCCCCUGCCCCAUACCAUGCAACCUCACAGCACCCCGCACCAUCCACAGCUCCCUAUCCAUCAGCCACGCCCUAUUCCUACCCCAUCUCCAUCACCACGUGCAAACCUGUCCCCACUGCUUCUUGUCCCACUCCCCCGUAUCCCGUCUCGCCCUCCUUCCCCAGGCCCACGCCGUCUCAGUCGUCAUCCACCCCGACGCAGAUCACAUCCGCACCUGCAGUACUGGUCCAGCAGCCACGGGAACAAGACGGCACCUCGCCCUUCACCCGCUGUGUCCUGGUCAUUGGAGCAUCGAUGAUCGUCUCUAUAGUGAUAUCCUGAGUAUUGCCGGUGUGAUGUACGGCGUGUACCAGCUACUGACGGGGUUCAAGAUGGCGCUAGCUACAAUAGGAAUCGAAGGAGGCGGUGUGUUACUGGCCCUCCUGGUGUCCUACGGCGUCAAGGAGGAGAAACGAGCUGCCUUGAGAGUAUGGGAGGUCCUGUCUACAAUUCUGAUAGUGGCGCUGACCGGGCUGGGGCUCUUCACUAUUAUCAAAUCCUCCAUUAGUGUGGGUCUCGGCAUGGUCCUUGCUGCCGGCCUACAGGUGUACUUCCUCGCCAUCGUGCAUGCCUACGCCACCUCGGUAAGAAGCGCAGAUACAGGAGAUUAUCACGGUGGAAGAGUAGCACCCCGACUACAACUUCCACUGGACCCACCUCUACGGAACCCACUCACCACCACCCACUUGGCUUCACCACAACACCCAAACUCGUAACUUGUUCUACCAUACCCUACUCGUAUCCUGCCUACCCUAGCCUGUCUAAUUCCUCCUGAUCUUCUCUACCCUAACCUAACCUAACCUAAUGUAGCCUAAUUGUUUUUCCUGAUCUUCCCUACAAUAUCCUGCCAUUUCCCCCCUGUCUAAUCCUGACCUAACCUAAGCUACCGUACCCUAGCAUGUCUUGACCUGACCUGAACUGACCUAACUUAACCUAACCCAAAGCUACUCUACCCUGACCUGACCUAAUCUAUCCUAACCUGUCUUGUCCUAACCUAACUUAAGCUGACCUGACCUGACCUAAUCCAAAUGAACUCUUCUCUCAAGCUGACUCGAGUAAUUAUGAUAAAUGUUGCAGUGUGUUGUAAGUUAUCUAAGUACAAUUAAAGUGAUAAGGGACUUUGUGUGUUGCUAGGGAAAAAAUAAAUAAAUGAAUAAAUAUAAACUAAUAUAUAUGAAGAAAAUAAAUUAUAUAAAUAAAUGUAUGACGUGUUGUAAGAAA